AUGGUGCUAAAAGUCCCAGUAGUGCCGCUGCCUUACGGGGAGGCCGGGCGUGGGAGUGCCAAGAAGACGGAGUGCCAAGAAUUGGGAAGAAGGAUGAAGAUAAUCCUCAUGUACCUAUGCCUUGUGGGCACAUCUUGUGCAAUACUGCUGCGCAAACCCCGCAGAGCAGGAUUUGGGAGCAAGAGUGAAGAAAUGAUGCAGUUUGGUCCAUAUGCUUAUAUGAACUCACCACAACUGACUCAGUUGUCACCUUUCUUAUACGGCUAUCGCCCAAGUUACCCACAGUUGUUCCCUCAGCCUCUGCAAAGAUUUUACUUAUGGCCACAACAAACCCCAGUACAUCAAGCCGCUAGGCUGCCCCAGCGCAAGCCACACCAAACGCUAGGGGCUAGGCAGCCCAUCCACAGGCCACAGCUGCCACAGCUGAGGCCACAGCUGAGGCCACAGAUGCCGCAGCAGCCACACAAGCCUAUACAGCAACAGCCACGCCCAAGAAUACAGCUGCCACCAAAGAAGCCUCCAAAUACCAGUCCUCCGCAGACUCCCCAUCAAGUGCCAGUGCAUCAAUCCAAGGGGGUCAAACAGCAACAACCUCAGAUUCUCAGUCAAGGAGGCUUCCACCCACAACCAUUUAGCCCAUUUCACGGACGUAUGCCUGCUGGAUUUGGACGACCACCAAUCAGCAAUGAGGAAGGGACACCGUACUAUGGAUAUGGCUAUCCAGGACUGGGAGUCAGGCCCUAUAAUUCUGAAGAGUUUGAACAAGACUAUGAGAAACCCAAAGAAAAAGAAGCCCCCAAUACAGAAAGCCCAGCAGCUGAUCCUGCAACCAAUGCAACAGACACAAAUUCAACUCUUUCCAAUCCAUCCAGCCAAGCAGGGAAUGCUACCAAUUCUGGGCUCAGUGUAACUGACAGUGGGGCCAAUUCUCCAAACCUUGAAAGCAGACUGCUUAUUGUAAAUGGGGUCCCAACGAUAUCACCUACUCUUCAUGUCUCAAAAGGUGAUGUGGCAGCACAGAAUGUUAUGGAUCAAUCAAUUCAUAGGGCCAGCUCUCCGAAUAGCAAUCACAUAAUUCAGAACUUGCCCUCAGACAAGCAGCAAUCCACAGGAAAUGGUCUGCAUGUCUACAAACCCUAUCCAGGUAUGGAUGAGUCAAGGCACAACACUUACAUUUCUAGAGGGAAUCCCUCUGGGCAUCCUGAAAACCCAACAUAUCCAUCAGGUUAUGGGGAGAGCUCCAAUCAGAGAGGCAAUCUCCAGGACAUAAACAGCAACAACAACAACCCAUCAAUAAAUGCUAGACCUAACUUGUAUGGACAACAAGAGCAUCCCCAUUACCCAGAGAGGAACCCAUCAGACCAAAGACAAAUAUUACCAUUUCCUAGCUCUGAUCCACAAAGCCAAUGGAAUAAUGAUCCAGUCUACAGGGAUAACAGCCUCAAUAGUUUCCCACCUGAAGGCACUUCAGGCGUGGAUGCACAGUUCAAUACAUUAGGACAAGCUGAGAACUCCUAUAAUAUCAGGAAAGACACAGAUCAGUUCCAGCCUUCUGGAAUGCACCAACUGAGCUCACUUCCCCCUCAAGGAGUAUUUUUGCCCACAAAAAGAACUUUGUCUGAGGCAGAAACAAGCCAGUAUCACUGGAAGGAGCAGGGCUUUAAUUCUCCAGUUCAUGAAAGAGAACAAUUCUUGUCUCCACGAAACCAUGUGUGGAACAAGCAAGAGGACCUGCAGGUCUUCCAAGAUGAUCCUCCAAGAUACAAUUCAAGACAUUCAUCAGGUUAUUUUGGCCAGAGGGAACGUCUUUCCUACCCCGAAAAGAGUUCCUAUAGGCAAACUCCAUGGGCCCAUGAAAAACAUUUGCUUGACCAGGACAGGGAGUAUAGAAACCCUCCCUACAAUCCAACUCAUCAGCAUGCAUAUCCAAAGUAUUCCCCAGAAAAUCCAUCCAACCAAAGAAGAGGUAAUGCCCCAUACACGGAAAUUAACCCAUGGAUCCCAGAAGAACAUUCUCCACCAUAUGCUGCAGAGCACUUGAGGCAAACAGAAAAUAUCCCUUACCGUAGGAACAAUGAAUUUGGACACCGAGAGAGGAAUUUUCCAAAUGAAGGAGCAAACUCUCCACCACAAAGCACCACACUUCUCCAAGGAGGAUCACGGUACCCAGAAAGAGACACUUGGAGCCCUCACAGGAUGGGGCCUUCCAUUCAGAAAGAAGCUUCACCCUAUUUUAAUAGCUAUUCCCCGGAUUCCAGAAGAAACCCAACACAUAUGGAAGACGCAGGGGGUGCUCACAUUUCCAGUGUUAACACUGCAGAAAGAAGAAAUUAUCCCGACAGACUGGGAUACCCAGAUGACUACCCAAGAGAGCAGAGAACAAUCACCUCAUACCCAACUGCCAACCGUUUAUGCUGUGCAGGCGAUUCUUCGGUGCCAAGAGGAAACUCACUGGCUCCACUAAGAAGUGCUUCUCAGUUCAGACUUGCAUCGUGGGAACAAAGAGGAAGUUCACUAUAUCCAGAGGCCAAAGGUGACCAUAUUAAGCAAGCUAGCCACAUAUUGUACCCGUCCGGUAUGCAAUCUUCACUGAAGACUGAUAAAAGCCCACCUAAUCAAAGAGAAAAUCUGGGUGUGUUUGGAGAGGAUGUAGCGGGUCUGGAGAAGGCCCCACCCUGCUCCAAAUCACAAUUAGGCCAAGAGAACGGGCAUGAAGUCCACCAUGGAAACGGCUUAGCACCAACUAGGAAUACACCUUGUUAUGGAAGAAGCAUCCGAGGGGAUGGGCACAGUAUCCUUGAACGGAUCAUUCAGCCCAAAAGAGACCAUGAAAGGGCAGCUGCAGUCAAGUUUGUCCCUCAAAAAGGCCCACCAGCACAUGGGAUCAAAAGUGUAGCUUUCGAUAGUGAAGACAGCAGGAAAGAACAGCAGGCAGUGCUUGGGUUCAAGAGGAUCCCAUGUUUGUUAAACCGGUUAAAGCAGUUUUUAUCCAGCACAGGAGCUCCAUCUGGUGACACACAGCAAGAUCUAUUUUAUGCAGAGAAUCCUGCACUCAUUGGACAAUCCUACGUCAUAUUGCCCGAGCCACAUCCCCUGUCCAGCACUGAUCCUUCUUAUGACACAGAAGAGAAACCCUUAACGCCCAGUUCUCUGGGAGAAGAUCUGGCUGAUCAACCAAAUGAAAGGACAUCAGACUGUUUACUUCUCCAGAAAUAA